AUGGAGACCCCACAAACCCACACCAUAACUAAGCUUGAUUCCUCGGUAAUAAACCGCAUAGCAGCAGGAGAGAUCAUCAUACAGCCGGCAAAUGCUUUAAAGGAACUAAUUGAAAAUCUGAUAGACGCAGGGUCCACUUCGGUAGACAUAUUGGUGAAAGAUGGCGGCAUAAAAUUGCUUCAAAUUACCGAUAACGGGCAUGGAAUUCAUAAGGAGGAUUUGCAAUUACUAUGUGAGCGCUUUGCUACUUCUAAAUUAGCAAAAUUUGAGGAUUUAGAGUCGAUUUCCACCUAUGGAUUUCGUGGUGAAGCCUUGGCUAGUAUAAGUCAUAUUGCCCGAUUGUCGGUGGUUACCAAGACCAAGACUUCCGACUUGGCAUACAAGGCGUUCUACUUGGGCGGAAAAUUAGUGGGACAAAAUUUCAAUACCAAUGCGGUUGCGGAACCAAAACCUACUGCUGGAACCGAUGGAACCCAGCUUACAGUGGAGGACCUUUUUUACAACAUGCCAUCACGGCUAAAGUCGUUAAAAUCGAAAAAUGAUGAGUAUUCUAAAAUAUUGGAUGUGGUUGGUCGAUAUGCUAUUCAUUGUCAAAAUGUGGGGUUCAGUUGCAAAAAAUACGGCGAGUCUCACCAGGCUUUGUCAACUAGACCUCAUGUGCUGUUGAAGGAAAGAAUACGAAUCGUACAAGGGUCUGCCAUUGCAAAUGACUUGAUUGAUUUGGAGUCAAUAAAGAACAAAGACCACGCGAAGCUGGUUGGAUUAUUAUCCGUUGAAGGAGCCAUAACAAGCAGUGACUAUAUGAACAAAAAGAAAGUGGAGCCGGUACUUUUCAUCAAUCACAGAUUAGUCUCAUGUGGACCUUUAAAACGGUCUAUAUUAGCAGCUUAUUACUUCUUUUUGCCCAAGGGAAACCAUCCAUUCAUCUACUUGAGUCUUGAAAUCGAACCUCGAAACGUGGACGUCAACAUUCACCCCACUAAGCGUGAAGUUCGCUUUUUAAAUGAAGACGAAAUCAUCGAAAUAGUUACAGAUUUGGUGCAACUGACGUUAUCUAGUCACGACUCUGCAAGAAAAAUUCCCACUCAGACGGUAUUGUCUAAACCAAGAACCCAACCAACAGAACCCCCAACCAAGAAAUAUCGCCAGGAGAACAAGUUGGUUCGGGUAGAUGCUAGUCAGGCAAAGUUAUCUUUCUUGGUACCGACUUCCGCGGAUCUGAAUCCAAGUAAAACUGACGAUCUGAUAAUUACCCUGUCUUCUGAACGUGAACGAACUUCACUUCGCCUCGAAAGCAUUACGUUUCUAGAAGAUGAACUAGCCCAAAAGGUGCACAAAUCACUCACGAGAAUCAUCACCAACGCAUCGUAUAUUGGCGUUGUCGAUGAGUAUAGACGACUAUGCUGCUUCCAGUACGAUGUCAAUUUGUACCUCUGCGACUAUGCAGCAUUGUUACAAGAAUUAUACUACCAAAUUGGAUUGACAGAGUUUGCCAACUUUGGAGAGUAUCUACUUGAACCUAAGCUUACAAUCGAGAAACUUUUAGCUCCUCUUUAUGAAACAAAUUCAGAUUUGGUCAGCAUGGAUGUGGUGACAAGGACUAUCAAUGAUAAUCAGGAAAUGUUGAAUGACUAUUUCCAGAUCAAUGUGCAAGAUAACCGUCUAAUAUCGAUUCCAUUGAUUCAUCAAGAUAUCGUUCCUAGUACGUUCAAAUUGCCUCACUUCAUAUACCGUCUCGGUACCAAAGUCGACUAUGAAAACGAGAAACUGUGCCUACAAGAGAUUCUACAACAAAUAGCUCUUCUUUAUGUUCCCGAUGCCAUCCCGAUAGCCGACCCAGCAGAUGGAGGAGGGUCGGAUGCACGUGAUACAGAAGCGGCUGAGAACUCCACAAGACGUCAACUGGUGGAUCGAGUUUUGGAGUAUGUGAUAUUUCCUCUCAUGAAAGAAAGGUUUCUUGUUCCUAAUAACCUAUCCUCGAGUAUCAUCCAGAUUGCAGAUCUUCCAGGUCUUUAUCGGGUGUUCGAAAGAUGUUGA